AUGGUGUCCCCAUGGCGGAAGGAAGAGCCGGUCGCGCAGCCCUUCAGGUUUGCAGGUGGAGAGCGCGGCUUGGUCGCCGCCAUGGCGCCCGCGGUCGCCAUCAAGCCUGCCAUGCUGGUGACCCUCAAGGUGCAGGACACCCAGCGGCGCGUCGUCGCGCGCACCAUGCGGAGGACAGACAAGCUCCAAGGGCUGAUGAACUACUACUACGACAUGGUGUGCUCGCCGGCGCCGGCGGGGCGCUUCGUGUUCGACGGCAAGCGGCUGAAAGGGGAGCAGACGCCGGAGGACCUCGGGAUGAAGAGCGGCGACCAGAUCGACUUUUUCGGGGAUCUGGGAGCAACAGACGGCGGCGACGCGGCGGCGGAGGUGGACCGGAAGCCGGUGAUCAAGAUGGACGUGACGGUCAAGGUGCAGGACACGGAUGGGCGCGAGGUGAAGCGCACAGUUUGGAUUACCCAGAAGCUAAAGGUGCUGAUGGACUACUACUACGACAGCGUGCCGGACGUCACGUACGGCACGGGCAAGUUCAUGUACAACGGCAGGCAGCUGAAAGGGGGGCAGACGCCCGCGGAGCUAAAGAUGGAGGACGAGGACGAGAUCGUGAUCGACUUCUUCGACGACAUGAUGGGCGGUGGCUGCGGGUGGGCGGCUGCUGCUGCUGCUGAACAGACGCCGGUGCCUGCGUAG